AUGGGUGCGAUACUUCGUCUUGCUCUCUUGAGCAUUGGGGCAGUUCAGGUUCUCGGCUAUGAGGGAAGAAGUCCCCAGCCCAAGAACAUCAAGCACAGGCAGUACCAGUACGUCACGACUGUCACAGAGACACUGGUGGUGAAAGAUCCUCCCACCACGGUGACCGUCUCUAUCGAAGCCCCCUGCGCCCCGUCGUCGUCCAGCACAUGGGGCCUGUCCUCAUAUCUGCCCGGCACCGGCACCGGUGGCCUAUCCUCAUCGACUUCUGCACCAUACGGCAACGGAACUUCCUCGGCUACGUCUGCUCCAGGAACGGGAUCGGUGCCUCUGUCUACCGGCGUCUCGUCGACGGAUCCCAUCUCAGCCUCUACAUCAAAGCCUACUGGUACCGGCGGCACCGGGCUGCCCCCUCCCCCGUACACCUCUGGUAUCUACACCAACGCAUCCUCCGCCGAUCCCACCUGGUCAUCGACAACAUCCGGAGGCUAUGGGACGGGCACAGCGCCGCCAGCGUCCUCAUCAGUAGCCCCCACCAACUCGUCAGCCACGGCACCGGCCACAUCCUCGGGAACAGGCUCCAGCGGCACGGGCACCGGCUACCCAGGUGUCUCGAGCUCCUCUGCCGGGGUCUAUCCUAACACGACAACACCGCUGACCUGGCCCACGACUGGGUGGUCUGCCACCGGCUCUGCGCCUUCGUCGUCGCCCACCUCGAACACCACGUGGGCCCCUUGUGGGUACGGCGACGACGGUUGUGAUGCGACCAUCACGUCGACCAUCACACGGAGUUCAACAGUCACAAUUGAUCCCAACUCCACCGUCACAUCAGUCGGACCGAUUGGAGGCUCCAGCACUGGGGCCGUGUCUACCUCGAACGGCACUCACACGUACAGCACCACGUCCGCUCCUUUGUCAACAGGAGGCACCACUAGUGAUAUCUCAUCCUCGGCCACCGGGACUGGGCCAUACGGCAACUCAUCGAGCAGCACGUCAAGCGAGGCGAUAACGAGGACUGUGACCUACACUCACACAAUCUCUACAUCCAGCAGCACGGGGGUUUACUCCUCGAGCGCCGUGACCAGUCCUGUUAGUGUCUCGAGCAGCCUCAGCUCGUCCGGGGUGAGCAACAGCACUGCCGCGGCGACCGCGUCCUCGUCCGGUCCCUCAUCACUCAGCAGUUCGUCCUCGGGAGGUCCAACCACCCCGCCUGGGUACUCUUGGCCCACCGCGGCGCCGUCGCUCUCGACGACUCUGCAGACCAAGACAUCCUUGACGUCCUCGACAUCCAGUGCCCCGACGUGGACGCCACCAACGUACGGCGGGGGAGACGAUUCUGACGAGGACGACAGCGGAGAUGACGGUGGGUAUUCCUGGCCCUUUCCUUGGUGGAGGGCUCAGCGGCGGUCUGCAGAGGACGACGGGGAGCACGGAAAGCACAAGAGAUGGUACAUGAACUUGUGA